AUGUAAGAUGAAGAAAGAUACAUGACAUUGAACAUACAAUUGAAAAAAAGGAGUUCUAUCCAAAUAUCCCAAAUUAAGUGUCAAGACUCUCGGGGAACUGUCUGCCAAUCACAGACAGUAAUACUAAGUUACAGAGAUAUUGGAAUGUUUAAUGGGUCAAGAUUCUUCAUAAAAGGACCAGCUAAAGAAAAUAGCUGUGCUACCAUCAAGGAAAACAGAAUUUACUCUGAAACUUGCAACAGUGUUUUCAAUUGGAUUUGCCAAUAUUAA